UGUUACAUAGCUAGAGCAGACUUGGGCGCCUAUACAGUUAUUGCUGUUAGCCGUGAACGCCAUCUUGGAUCUAGAUGGUUUUUAAACGGGGAAAACAGGAAAAGGGACAGGAAAAUAGAUACUUUCGUUCUUAUUUAGUAAUUUCCCCCACUGGCUGAUGAUGAAGAAACACGAGUCAUGACGUCGCCUCUUUAUUUGCUGAUAUAGUUCAAAUCGGUAAAUCUGAGAGGAAAUAGGAUUGUGGACUGAGGAAAUUUCCGCAGUUUACUGUAACUUGGUUUGUUUAUGUUAUUCAACCCGGACAUGGACUCUUCUAACCCAGACAUACCAGAUGAUUCUCUGGGUUUGGGAGCCAGUGGGGCCCAGGCAAGCACCAGUGCUGUUGUGCCAAAAGGGUCCAAUAAGAGGCGAGCUGCGCCAGACUUCGAUGAUGAUGAUGAUGAUGAUGAUGAUGGAAGCAAGCUCUUCAGGUGUGAUGACGACGGAGGAGGAGGAGACAAAGAGCGAUUUGCCAGGGAGAACCACAGUGAGAUUGAGCGGCGGCGGAGGAACAAGAUGACUGCUUACAUCACAGAGCUGUCGGACAUGGUUCCCACCUGUAGCGCGUUGGCACGGAAACCAGAUAAGCUGACCAUCCUGCGCAUGGCCGUGUCCCACAUGAAGUCUCUGAGAGGGAGCGGCAACACUGCAGCAGACGGGACAUACAAACCAUCCUUCCUCACCGACCAGGAGCUGAAACACCUGAUCCUGGAAGCUGCUGAUGGCUUCCUGUUUGUGGUGUCGUGUGAGAGUGGACGGGUCGUCUACGUGUCAGACUCCCUGACCCCUGUUCUUAACCAAUCACAGUCCGACUGGCUAGGCUCCUCACUCUACGACCAGCUCCACCCGGACGACGGAGACAAACUACGAGAGCAGCUCUCUACUGCAGAGAAUAACAAUACAGGGAGGAUGUUAGACCUGAAGACAGGAACAGUUAAGAAGGAGGGACAGCAGUCCUCCGUCAGGAUGUGUAUGGGAGCCAGACGAUCCUUCAUAUGUAGGAUGAGAUGUGGUUCGUGUCCAGUGGAGCCCAUGUCUAUGAACAGAUUGAAUUUCCUGCGGAGCAGGAACAGGAAUGGUCUGGGUCCACCCAAGGAUGGGGAGCCUCAGUAUGUGGUGGUCCACUGCACUGGAUACAUCAAGUCCUGGCCCCCCACAGGGGUGAAUCUAACAGAUGAGGAAGCAGACAAUAUUCAGGGGAGUCGCUACUGUCUAGUCGCCAUCGGUAGACUUCAGGUGACCUCUUGCCCGAGCGACACAGACAUAAACAGCAUCAGCGUUCCGGUGGAGUUCAUCUCUCGUCACAACUGCCAGGGCCUCUUUACCUUCGUAGACCACCGCUGCAUGGCCACAGUGGGCUACCAGCCUCAGGAACUGCUGGGUAAGAACGUCUUGGAGCUGGCCCACCCUGAGGACCAGGGUCUGCUGAGAGACAGCUUCCAGCAGGUGGUCAAGCUGAAGGGUCAGGUGCUGUCCGUCAUGUUCCGCUUCCUGUCCAAGACCAGAGACUGGCUCUGGAUCAGGACCAGCUCCUUCACCUUCCAGAACCCCUUCUCUGAGGAGAUAGAGUACAUCAUCUGUACCAACGCCAACGUCAAAACCUCAACUCAGGACACCCUCACCCCCCCCUCGUCCUCGGGGGUGUCUUUGCCCCCCUCGCUGGGGGAGAGCAGUCCUAACUUCCCCCCUGUGUCCCACAGCCCAGGGCAGGUGGCUGCCAGGCAGUUGCAGCAGCAGCAAGCAGAGUUGGGGGGAGGAGGGAGAGAUGGUCUGUACGAGGCAGGACAGGUUACACUUCCACAGAUGCCUGUCCAGGCCGUGACCGCAGCUGGAACUGACCACAGUAAGACCAUGGACAAGGCAGAGAUGCACCCCUCCAUGUACCCCAACCCAGACCAGGCCAAGUUCCUGCCCUCCACCUCUGCCCCCGGAGUACCCAUCUACCCUCAGGACAACAACAACUACACCACUGCCAACCGCUCCAACGACACAUACAGCAGGUCAGUAGGGAUGGCCCCUCAGAUGGUGCAGCCAUCCCACUCCGCAGGCCAGAUGCUGGCUCAGAUGUCCCGUCAGAACGGGGCACCCCCCUCCAACAGCAGCCCCCUACAGGGAGGGGCAGCGGUGGGCUGGCCGGGGCCAGCGGCGGGGGCUAGACCCCUCUUCAACAACCAGCAGGUGGCGCCCCAGGCAGGGAAGGCCCUGUCUCCCCAGUUUGCCAUGGGGAGUUUUGUGGGGUGCUCUUCCUCCUCAUUUGGGGUGAUGCCCACCACUGCCGCUCCGACCCCCACCACGGGGGCUAACUACCCAAAUAUCAACCCCCGCGCCAGCCUCAAUACCAACGGAUAUGAUGGCUUGGGGUCGGGGCAGCAGUUCCCCUCCAGGGCAGCGGAGGCAGUGUGGCGCCAGUGGCAGGGCCAGCAGCAAGCUCAGAACAGCGUAGAGCAGCACCCCCACGCACAGAACAACCAGCCUGACAUCUUCCCUGAUGUUCUCGCCAUGCUGGACCAGCCGGCCAACUUCAACAACGAUGACUUUGAGAUUCCCAUCUACCCCUCUUUCAAUGAGUGACCCCACAUACACUCUUCCACUUACCUCUCUGUCUCUCAAAUGUCUCCUCUCUCAUUUGGUGCACUUUUGCUCUCUUUCUUUGCCUUUCGUGAUCCAAAGAGAGCAUGUCUAAUUAUCGGUCAGAUGAUUGCACUGCCAGGAUGGAGAGAGCGAGUUAAUCAGGGAAAAGAAAGAGUGAAAUCAAGUAUAGGUAUGCAAAUGCAGGUUCAAUAAACACGUGAAAGGGGGGGAGAGAGAGAAGAGAUUCAGGGUUCAAUGAUAGUUGGGCAAAUGUAAAAUGACACAUCUGUAGCCAGCACUGCCCAAGCUCCACAGCCAGUGGAUUAGUUGUAGAGAUGCAACACACAAUCGCACCUGAGCAUGCACAAGGCCCUGAGGCAGGCACUGCUUCACCAGUAACACACAAUCCCACCUGAGCAUGCACAAGGCCCUGAGGCAGGCACUGCUUCACCAGUAACACACAAACAUGGCCUUUCACUAACAGAGUCAGCUGUGUGUUUAGAUCUGUGCUGCUCCACUGGUCUGUACAUCAUAUGGAUAGAUCAGUCUAAUCAUUCACUUGAAGUCUCAGGCAAUCCAGGUGAUCUACAGCUUUGGGGGAAUAUGUGGCAAUAUAUAUAUGGGAAUAUUCUGAUCUGAAGCCUGUGAAUAUCCUCUAUCUGCUCCCCUCGCUGUUUUAGCUUAGCGACCCGUAGCAUGUUCAAAAGGACACUGUCCUCACGCAGGCUUUUUAAACUUUGGGCAGAUUUAUACGAACACUGUACAAACACUUUUAUAUUUGUACACAGUGUACAUUGACGAUGUCACCUAUGAAUGUGGUUAUGGUGGUUUCAGGUGGAAUAGAGGGGGAGAGAGAUGUCUAUGACUAGUAAAGGGAAGAGGGGGAUAUGAAACUAGAACCUGAUCUAUUCCUACAUAUACCCAGUAUAUAAGUCAAGUGUUUAUAUACAGUUAUAUGUCUACUGGAGGUGUUUGUAUAACUUUAUUGAUCUCAACCUGAAUGCACAGCAAUCCCAGGGUCCCUUUCUCACUCGUUUGUAUUCCUUCCUCUGUUGCCCAGGGUUACCCAACACACUCUUCCUCCUCUCACGCUCUUCCUCAAUCACCCUCCCAAGUGUGUUUUUUUUCUCUUCUACUUACACUAGGAAAAGGAAAAGGAAAAAAUACAUUGGAAAGCAAUAAUUUACGAGCAGGAAUUAUGUUAUUUUUUAAAGCCAUUCUUUAUUGUUGUCCUACAUGUUUUUAUCUUGAUUAUUGUUCUUGAAUAUGGAAAUACACAGGAAAUAGUAAUGAUUUGAUUGAUUGAAAUUUUCCCCAACUGAUGUUUUUAUUUUCUGGCCUUUUGAUUGGCUCUCCCUGUUUUGUAGCCCUCUCCAUUGCUACUUCGUGAUAGGUUGUUUUUGAUGUAUAUUGAUCAGGGCGUCUUGUUCAGGACAGAAAGGUCUUGUUUAGAACUGACAAGAUUCCUCAUUCAACAUGACACAGAAUCAUGCCAUGAUGUUUGGCCUGAAAUUCAAGUCAUCCUAAUCAUGUUCCAAACACAUGACCCAAUAAUCAAUAAGCAGUAGAUGUUGAUUGUGAGUUUGGCAAUUAAUACACUUAUUUAUUUAUUUUGCAGUUGAUUCAAUCAAAGUUCAUCCUUAUCGAGAUAGUUUGACAUUCAUAAAUAUGAUCUAAAUCAAACACAACAUUUGUUUUCUGAAAUCGAUUGUGAUGUUUAGUAAGUCACUAUAACACUCUUAUACAGGGAAUUAAGAAUUCUGAUUGGGCAACAGAGGGCUGUGAAUUUUAAGGUUCUGAAAUACAAAAAUUGUAUUGUGUAGGCCUUUCAUUUUAAGUCCGGUAAUGUAUACAUGUCUGUGAGCGUAAUUCACAGACAUGCCGAAACAUGUGAAUUGUAUGUAAACCCAUCAUGUGUCAAUAGUCACACGAUGGAAAUGGCAGUUUGAUGACUGUUGUCUUGUUAUUGUUUUAAACCACUUUGGUUGUUCCCUGUCCAGAUUUUUACAAUGAUGUGAGCUGCAGUUUAUAUAGCGCACACAGAUACACAAAUAUAGGAAUAUAUAUGUAUAUGAAAUGUUAAACAAGAGAAAGUGAAAUGUUUGGUUUUUCUAUUAAAUUGUUAUAUUGUCAAGAA